GGCGCCCGGGGCGCCUGCGCUACCACGUGCUCAGCCUGGCGCUCGCGGCCCUGCUGCUGCUGCUGGUCAGCGUGCCCAUGGAGCUCUACAACUUCGUGUGGUUCCACUACCCCUGGGUCUUCGGCGACCUGGGCUGCCGCGGCUACUACUUGGUGCGCGAGCUGUGCGCCUACGCCACGGUGCUGAGCGUGGCCAGCCUGAGNCCCAGUAAAGAAAAAGGGCUGUUGACCCCCAAAAGAGCCCACNNCCUGCUGUCGCUCGCCUGGGCCGCCUCGCUCGGCCUCGCCCUGCCCAUGGCCGUCAUCAUGGGGCAGAAGCACGAGCUGGAGACGGCGGCCGGGGAGCCGGAGCCCGCGUCGCGCGUGUGCACCGCGCUGGUGAGCCGCGCCACGCUGCGGGUCUUCAUCCAGGUGAAUGUGCUGGUGUCCUUCGUGCUCCCCUUGGCACUCACCGCUUUCCUGAACGGGGUCACCGUGAGCCACCUAGUGGCCCUCUGCUCCCAGGUGCCAUCAGCUUCUGCUCCAAGCAGCUCCACUCCCAGCCACCCGGAGCUCCUGAGCGAGGAAGGUCUCCUCAGUUUCAUCACCUGGAGGAAGACCCUACCUCUGGGUAGCCAGGCCAUCCUGGUGAGACACAAGGAUGUGAGCCGGAUCCGUAGCCUCCAGCGCAGCAUCCAGGUUCUGAGAGCCAUCGUGGCUGUGUAUGUCAUCUGCUGGCUGCCAUACCACGCCCGCAGGCUCAUGUACUGCUAUGUCUCCGAUGACGGGUGGACCGACACACUCUACGAUUUCUACCACUACUUCUACAUGGUGACCAACACACUCUUCUACGUCAGCUCAGCAGUGACACCUGUCCUCUACAGCGCCCUGUCCUCCUCCUUCAGGAAACUCUUCCUGGAAGCCCUCAGCUCCCUGUGUCGACAGCAGACCCCCAUGGAGCCCAUACCCCUGGACGCCCUGGAGGCCCACCCUCCUGGGUCCAGCUUGAGGCUCUGGGGAUCCCCCAGAAACUCCAACCUGGAUGACAUACAAGAAUGAACAGAACAAACAGAAUGACUGCUCGGUCACCAGGCAUAUCGGCCAUGCAUGUUAUCACUAGUCAUUCUAGCUUCACGGUCGGGUGGGCUCCCGUGGACACCCGGCUCUGUCCCUUGCAGCUGUGUAACUGCAGGCAAGUCACGUAACACCGCUUAGCCUCAGUUUCCUCGUCUAGAUAACGGAGAUAAAGAAGAGCGCCCGUGUUGUCUGAGACGAACGUGCUUAGUGCAGUGCCUGGUGCAUAAUCCAUAGUCAAUAAAUGUCCGCUGGA